AUGGCUGCCUCUGGGGGGGACUUCCCUGGCUGCCUGUCCUGUGCCUCUUCCACCCCAGCACCCUCCAGCCACUCCUCAGUGCCUCAGGACGAGAACGGCCACACCCUGUCAGACGAGGACAUCGCGGCUGAGGCUGACACCUUCAUGUUUGAGGGUCAUGACACCACGGCCAGUGGCCUGGCAUGGCUCUUCUACAACCUGGCUGGCCACCCUGAGCACCAGGAGCGAUGCCGCCAGGAGGUCCAGGAGCUCCUGGCUGGCCGGGACACUGCGGACAUUGAAUGGGAGGACCUGUCCCAGCUGCCCUUCACCACCAUGUGCAUCAAGAACAGCCUGCGGCUGCACCCUCCUGUCACUGCUGUGUCCCAGUGCUGCACUGAGGACAUCCCCCUGCGUGAUGGCCGUGUCACCCCAAGGGUAUGGCAUGGCCAAGGGGUCAUCUGCCCGAUGAGCGUCUACGGGACCCACCACAACCCAGAACUCUGGCCUGAGCCUGAGGUGUUCAACCCCCUGAGGUUCAGCCCAGAGAACACCAAGGGACAGUGCCUGUUGUCCAUCAUCCCCUUCUCUGCUGGCCCCAGGAACUGCAUCGGGCAGAGCUUUGCCAUGGCUGAGAUGAAGGUGGCAGUGGCACUGACACUGUCCCAGUUUGUGCUGUGGAGGGACACGGCGAGGCCACCCCCACGCCGCAAGCCCGAGCUGAUCCUGCGUGCUGAGGACGGGCUCUGGCUGCUGCUGGAACCACUGGUGGGAUCAAUCACCAUUUGGCUGUGA